ACAGUGCAAGGGGAGGAACAACACACCAGACUUGGAAGGAAGGGGAGAUGGCGGAGCUGUGCUAGUUUCAAUCUUAGCGUAUCAAUAUUAUAUUCCGCUCACAGUUUGCCAAACAAGUGAUCAUUUUCAAACACUCAACGUCCAUCCAGGAUGGCCGAGCAAAUCAGCAACGUUAGAUAUCAGGAGCUGGUGAAUGAGGAGGAGCCAGCAGCAGCCCAACCCCCUCAGGAGGAGCCAGCAGCUGUCCUGGAUGCCCCUCCCCCCUACAGCAGCAUCUCAGCUGCCAACGCAGCGUUCUUUGAGUACAAGGAGGAUGCAGGCAGGUUCCCCAACCCCCCGUCCUACAACGUGGCUACCACACUGCCCUCCUAUGAUGAAGCAGAGCGGACCAAAGCGGAGACCGGCCUCCCUCUGGUCCCUGGCAGGGUUGUGGAGGAUGACUUUGACGAUGCUGACCAGCUGCGCAUAGGGAAUGAUGGCAUCUUUAUGCUCACCUUCUUCAUGGCAUUCCUGUUCAACUGGAUUGGUUUCUUCCUGUCCUUCUGUCUGACCACUUCUGCAGCCGGUCGCUACGGCGCCAUCUCUGGGUUUGGCCUGUCUCUCAUCAAAUGGGUUCUCAUAGUCCGGUUUUCCACCUACUUCCCUGGCUACUUUGAUGGGCAGUACUGGCUGUGGUGGGUGUUCCUGGCUUUGGGCUUCAUGCUGUUCGUCAGAGGAUUCGUCAACUACUCCCGGGUUCGCAAAAUGGCCGACCCUACUUACGCCACACUGCCCCGAACGAGAGUCCUGUUCAUCUACUGAAGCCGCUUUUUGAAUCAACAAAACGUCCCUGAAUCUGGAUCGUGAAUCCUGGAUGUUUGAAAAGCAUCAUACCGAGAAACAGCAACAAAACGUCCCUGAAUCUGGAUCGUGAAUCCUGGAUGUUUGAAAAGCAUCAUACCGACAAACAGCAACAAAACUGCAGAAGUCUAAAACCAAACUACUCAGAUAACCAUCACGACACGGCAGGAUGGGAAGAAAAAAAACACAAUCUUGAUGAAUACAACUCUUGUAACAUUCAGGAAUUAAAUACAUCAAUUGUUUUAUUUUAUUUGAAAAACUUAAUUAAUGGAUAAUGAUAGUAUGUACUCAUUAGUGGCGAAUGUUAAGUGCUAUUUUACAUUUUUCAGUCUAAUGUUUGUGUAAUGCCUUAUAUCAUUUGAUGGUAGUGUACUAGCAUGCAUCUGCACCUCAUGGGAUCAGUCUUAUUUCACUAAUACUUUAUUGAAAGCCCACAGGUGUAAUGCAUUACGAUGCAGUCGUAAUGCAUUAUAAGACUUGUCAUAAGCACUUGUAACACCUUUAUGUUCAUUGUAGUCACCAGCUCAUAGUAAUCAUGAGAUGGAGGGAGAAAAAAAUAGUCACAUAUGGUAUUACAAUUUCUGAGUUUGUAAUAAAACAUUAAUGUUUUAUACAUGCUUAUAACAAGUAAUAAUGCACUAUACCUGUUGGCUUCAUAUGAAGCGUUGCCCUUAUUUCUAGCCAGUAGAGGGCAGAGUUCUUUGCUAAAAUUUGUCAUCAUGAAUUAUUCCUAUAAGACAGAAUCCUACCUUUUUAAUACGCGCACCUACCUCGACCGUAAGGUAUCGUAUGUGCACAUCUUAAGGUAAAGAUUUUGUCCAAAGUGUUUUUGUUGUACAAGUCAUACAGUUUUGUGUAGAGAAAACAAAAAACAUUACGUAUGGAAAAACUAUGAUGCUAUCAGAGAAUGUAAGCAGGUGCACUUUUUAGAAACUUACUAAUAAAACGCCAGGGAGUUCCUCCCAAUGAAAUCAACAAUAAACGACCAAAUGGUAGUACCUGUAGUUAUUCAGUGAGUAUAGAGCUUUCUUAAGGGUGAUAUGGCGCUUUACGACUAGUAAUAAGGGUGAUAUGGCAAUUUAUAACUGGUCUAUGACCGUACUAAUUAGAAUUAGCAAGAAGACCAGCAAUAUACUCUACUUGUCGAUCUUUCUCUUUAGGUAAUUGUUGGCAUAUUGUUAACUGUAAAUGAUCUCAAACAUGCUCUGUUGGAUCACCCUGUUUGGCAGCCAGUCUGUUUUAAACCAGUUGUUUAGAUUUCUUGCUUAGCCCUAAAUGUGGAAUGGUACAGCAGAGCUACGAUCCAAACCCAGUCCUAGACACACAUUUCUCUGAUCUCUGUGUGAAAUAGUACAGCUGCAGACUUGGGAUUUUAUUGUUAUGAGAUAUUAUGUUUUAAACUGUAAAAAGCUUCAUGUCUAAUAAAUGUCACUUUCAAAAGCGA